CUUCAAUCCAACCAUCGACGCGGGCCUUGACGCUGGGAAUGGCGCUCUCAAUGUCAAACAAUUGUCCCGUCGCUGUAAAUGCUGACUUCAAAAUAGAUUCGAUCGACGAGAAUGGAGAGGUAUCGUACGCACGAAAACAAAAGAGCGAGGAACACAAUAACAUCAACCAGAUCGACAUUGGAAUUCAUUUUCCUCAACCACAAGAUAGCGAGUACGACGAUUGACUCUAGUUUUAUUCAUUGAGAUUGGUGUUUUCGAAAUCAAGAGAGAUAUCUAUACCCAUAUCCUCCUUUCCUCCAUCGAGUUGUUUUAUUUCCUCAACAUGACUUCCACAAGCACGACUCGCACCGUGGCCUUCUUCGGUGCCACGGGAGGCGUCGCCAACGCCAUUCUAGUCCACACCUUGCUCUCGGGACACCGCGCGGUAGCGCUCGCGCGCACCCCGUCGAAACUCCGCGACCAACUCACGUCUCAAGGUCUCGACGCGGCGACGAUCGACGGCAACCUCACCAUUGUCCCAGGAAAUGCCCUCGACGUGGCCAGCGUCAAGAAGACUCUCCUGGCAUCAUCACCCUCCGCUGACGGUGGUGACGACUUUCCCACGCACAUCGUCACCGGCCUGGGCGGUACGCCCAGCCUCACCUUCGACUGGUGUCAUCCUGGACACAUCGCGACACUCGACAAUCCCACGAUCUGUGAGACGGCCGCCAAGACGCUCGUGACGGCUCUGCGCGAAAUCCACGCCGAGAGAUCUCUACGGACGUCUCAGAAACCGCUCUUGGUCUUCGUCAGCACCACGGGAAUCAGUAGAGGGGUCGAGGAUGUCCCCUUUGCCAUGCGCUUCUUCUACCACCAGGCAUUGGCGAUCCCGCACGUCGACAAGAGGAAGAUGGAAGACGUGUACCGCGGCGAAAUGGAAAAGGGUGAGGGUGAGGGCGUGUUUCGAAACGUCGUGGGCAUCAGGCCGACACUCUUGAGUGGGAGCGUCGAUUACAAGGACGCCAAGGGCCUCGAGGGAUUGAAAGUCGGCACCGAGAGUAAGCCGGCUCUGGGGUUCAACGUGAAGCGUGCAGACGUGGGACACUGGGUGUAUGAGAAUGUCAUCAGUCCGAAUGGGACGGGGAAGUGGGAGGGCGAGAUGGUGUCGUUGACUAGCUAGAUUGAUAUUCGAGAUAUAUAUUCGUAGAUCCAGUACGGUUAUAAGGCGCAACCGAAAAGAUACCAGGAAGUUAUAACUACAUAGACAUGAUGGCAAAC